GCAGGUACUCGUACACUAUUCAUGUGGUACUUGGAUUGCGAAGUUCAAGGACGCUACAUACAACUAGUUGUGGCAACCUUGGCGAAAUCGCCUCCUUUUAAGAUGCGAAUGUACUUUUUUUAGGAGUCUAAUCGGGAGCAUGUUCAGCAGUUUGUUUACAUUGCAUCGAUUUUUACUGCGAUCACACUUGUGCAUUUAUCUUGUCUUCAAAACGUACGUGUUUGUAGCACGUCAUUGACUCCGAUUUCGGAUGAACAUCAGUUCAAGAUAGAAAAACGGCGUUGCAUCUGCUAUUUUAUGUCAAGAAUAUUAUGGCUGAGAGUGAAACAAUCAAACCUGGAGAGAUCAUCAAGCCCUUUGUGACCCAAGAAAAGGCACUCCGCUUGAUCCACUCUCUGUACGGAUUGGAAACGCAGAAAGUCAAAGAGCUAAACAGCUAUGAUGAUCGAAAUUUCUUGUUCAAGGCCGAUCAUGUGAAUGACAAUCCACAUUUAAACACAAUCUGUGAUGAUGGAUACGUCCUCAAAAUUACCAACAGCAAAGAUUCUCAAGAGAGUGCUUUUUUUGACGCUCAAAAAGAACUAAUGUUCCAUUUGUCCGAGCAUGGUUUCGAGGUUCCUCUGCCCAUUCCCAAUAAGCGUGGAGAGUUCAAAAGCUUAGAAGAAAUGGAUAUCUCUUCAUCGGAUGAUUGGGCCGCUAAUAACAUGGGCGACGAAUCAGUUCGUCGAUACAUGGUCAGAGUGCUCCGCUUCAUUCCUGGCAAGAUUUUCGAUGAAAUUGAACCCUGGACAACGGAUCACUUCUUCCAAUGCGGUGAAUAUAUCGGUCGCAUGGACAUGUCAUUAAAGUCCUUCCACCAUCCUGCUUUCGAUACUCGCAAUUUGAUCUGGUUCCUCUCCAAUGUGCCCAAGUUAUCAGACUUUUUAUUUGCCGUGGAGGAUCCUGAGCGAUUGACUCUUAUGACCGAAAUCAUUCAGGCCUUCAACCUAGAAGUUGUUCCUCAUAUUGAUGAGUUGGAGAAGGGCAUUAUCCAUGGGGAUGUCAACGAACAAAACAUUCUCGUCAAACCCAAGGCCCAAAAUUCUCUAGAAUAUGAAAUGGUGUCAGUUAUCGAUUUCGGCGACACACAGAAGAACCCGCUUGUGUUUGAAUUGGCCAUCACGAUUAUGUACAUGAUGCUCAAGAGCUCGGAAGUUCAUGCCAAUCUAGCGGGCGGACACGUUAUAGCUGGCUAUAUGAAACAUCGAAAGAUUCCCAAUCUAGAGAUGAAUGUCUUGAGGACGUGCAUAGCCUCAAGAUUUGCACAGUCACUGAUUUUGGGCGCUUAUUCCUAUCAGCAAGAUCCCGGCAAUGAAUACCUUCUAUGUUCGGCCCGAACCGGAUGGAAGGCGGUGGAAGAGUUUUGGCGUUAUCCAAAAGACCAGUUGCACAAUGAUUGGCAAGAAAUUAUCGAUAGUUAUAAAAUUGAAUAAGAAAAAAAAAUACAUGCUGCCGAGUAUCCCUGAUUUCAUCCCACUGUCGUUUUCACUCACUUUUUCAG